AUGUUCGUCUCAUUGAAUAAGGGUUUCAACCGGAUUUCAGCAGCAGCACGGCUUAGAGUUGUCAGCACCAUUUUCGCGAUCGCCGUCAUCUGCUUUGUCUCGUUUUAUUUCCGAUUGUCCGUCAGUUCUCCGUUGCUGCCGCCGGAGAAACGCAACAUAUAUCGAAAUGUUCACAACAGCAGAUUUCGCCAGCAAAACGUCACGAAAAGCAUUUUGCUGUGGAGCGGCACGGGCCGGGUGGAAGCCUUCAUCUUCGGUAAGGGAAAGGAUCCGUUCGUCAAUCACAAUUGUCUCUACACUCGCUGCGAAAUCGUCCACGAUCGAUCCGAGCGCCCCAUCGAGAGUUACGACGCCGUCGUCGUCGUCCUCAACGACGAAUUCCUCUCGCCCAGCCAACUGAUGAUGCCCCAAUUCCCAGCAAACAAACGCAAUGCAAGUCAACGCGUCGUCUUCUUCACGCAGGAAGCUCCGCCAGCGUUGCGACCUCUUUUCAACAUGAGUCAACUCGUCGACAUUUUCAAUUGGACCAUGACCUACCGAUUCGAUUCCGACAUUCCUUUCAUUUACGGCCGAGUCAUUCCAGUAGGUAGAAACAGUCCGCUGGACCCGGAACAAGUCAAUUUUUAUAGGGAAAGAGCCCGUAGCGUCAUAAUGAAAUCGAAGAAACACAACAAAACCAAAUCACUCGCCUGGAUGGUCUCCCACUGCGACACUCAGAGCCAGCGUGAAACCUACGCUAAGGCGCUGGCCAAGCACAUCGACGUGGAUAUUUAUGGCAAAUGCGGCAACAUGUCUUGUGCUUCCCACAGUUUGCACACUUCCGCCCCGCAUUGCUACACCAUGCUGGAAUCGACCUACAAAUUCUACCUGUCCUUCGAGAAUUCCCUUUGCCCAGACUAUGUGACGGAAAAGUUUUUCAAAAUAAUGGGUCACGACAUCGUGCCCAUCGUCUACGGCGGGGCCGACUACAGCCGACACGCGCCGCCGCAUUCCUACAUCGACGCCCGCCACUUCAAACCCAAAGAGUUGGCCGCUUACUUGAAACAACUCGACGCCGACGACGCCCUUUACAACGAGUACUUUUGGUGGAAGGAUCACUAUCGGGUCGAAUACAGUGUCGACGACAGGAGUCGACACGCCUUUUGCGACUUGUGCCAAAUGUUGCACGAAAGCGACGACGACCAGGUUCAAACGUAUCCCCAAAUGGAAUCCUUUUGGGGAAAUCAGACGUGCCUAUCGUUUGAUCCGAAUUGGAUAUAG